AUAAAAACGCUGCACAGUGGCUGUCAUGUGACUGAUCAUCUUUAGGAAAAGUAAUUUCCCUUUGCCGUCUGGUAGGCUGUUUGAUAAAGACUAUUUGAGUCACAUAGAGAGAACAUUUAAUCAAUAAAUAGUGAAAAUGUUGCUAGUUUUGUCAGAGGAAUAUAAAGAACAUCUGGCUUUCCUGCCUCAGGUGGAUCCUGCAGUGGUGUUUGAGUUUGGGCGGAUAGCAGUGGAGUUUUUGAAGAGAGGAAUAAACUCAAAAGUCUACGACGGAGCAGCAAGAAAGCUUGGUUUUCCUAUCACAACUGUGCAGCAUGGAGUAGAAGGCCUAAUGUUUCUGUUUACUGAAAGUUCUAAACUUAUGAUUACAGAUAUUGAUUUCAAGGACUCUGUGAUGGUUUUGGGUUUCAGUACAGAGCUAAACGAAAUCCUUUUACAGAUUCUCUGUUUUCAGCUCUAUGUGGAGAACCAGACUACGAUCCGCAGCACACUCACUCAGCUGGCGCCAAGUCUGCCUUCUUACCAUAACUUAGAAUGGAGGCUGGAUGUACAGCUGGGGAGCCGCUCCAUGCGCCAUCAGGUUGUUCCCGUGGUAACGAUGCUGUUAAACCUGACAAUGGGAACCAGUGAGAACAGGAGGUGCUGUUUACAGACCAACCCCUCAACACUCCUUCACCUAAUCGCAGUGCUGGAAGCUGCACUGGCUUCAAUGAAAAACAACCAUGCACGCCGCAUCCUGCGCAACAUUAAAUGAAUACCUCGAUUUUUUUUGUUUUUUCUACAACCUUAUGAUAAUUUCUAUUGCUAGACUGAAACACCCUGUUCUUUAUAGCACACAACUCUAUUUUGAAACAAGAACGUUGUUGCUUUUGAUACUGCAUUAAUUUGUGUAUUGUUAUUAAACAUAUAUUGCCACUUUGUUUAUUGUAAUCAGCUCAUCAAGAUUCAUGUUAUGUAAUCUGCAUUGUGCCACUUAGAAUUUAUUAUUGAACUGUGUUUAUUGCCCAUAUUAACCAAUUGUAUUGUUAUGCACAUAAUCUAUAAUAUUAAUAAAUAAAUUAUUAAGACCCCUUGAGAUAAGGAGAAAAUCAAAUGCUUGGUGUAGUUCUCCCAUCAUCAAAUAACAGGCCCUUUCAUUUUAUUGUGAAAAUAUAAGAACUGUCAUGUUAGUGGUAGUGUGAGUGUGUAUGGAUGCUCAGAGCCUAAAGAUUUGCCGUCAUUGAAGUAAAAAAUAAUUCUAACAGACAAUUCAGAAGGAGAAUGUCCAGUUGUCCAUUUUGCAACCAGACAACCAAGAAUAAAUCUACCUGCUGUGACUUAAAUUGAAGAUGUUAUGAUUGUUACAUUACACUUGCUUUAUGCAUACUAGCUAACCAAGUUGCAUAUAGAUUAAAAAAAAACAACUAAUACCUUUUA